AUGAGCGACAGUUUCGACCUGGAUUACCGCCUUGGAGAACGGCUCGGCCGCGGUCAGUUCGGUACGGUAUAUAAAUGCGUCUCCGUCUCUACCGGCAAGGACUUCGCCGUGAAAAUAAUCGACAAAUUCUCCGGUUGCUUCGAUCGCCGCUUGGUUUACUCCGAGAUCAAAUUAACCCUCCUCGCGGCUUCGGAGAACCCACGCUCCAUCCAAAUCCACCAGGUCUAUGAAGAUAUCACGGCAGUUUAUCUUAUUCUGGAUCUCUGUCCUGGGCCAGAUCUCUUCGACCGCAUUGCCAGCCAAGGUCCCUUCUUCGAGAGCGAGGCUGCUGCCCUCAUCACCGAAUUGGUAAAAGCAGUAGCAGAAUGCCACCGCCGCGGCAUCGCUCACCGGGACAUCAAACUGGAAAACAUACUGUUCGAUUCCAAUGACCGUUUGCUUCUGGCUGAUUUUGGCUGCGCAGCACUGUUCGAGAAGGGAGCGCGAAGUUUAAAGGGAAAAGUGGGAACUCCUGCUUAUGCUGCUCCGGAAGUAAUGGCCGGCGAAACCUACGAUGAGAAGAUGGAUGUGUGGAGCGCGGGGGUCGUCCUUUACUUCAUGUUGGGUUGGACAUUGCCAUUUAAUGGUGAAAAUGUGGAAGAGAUAGUGGCUGCUGUGAAGAAAGGAGAUCCAGUUCGUUUCCCGAAGGAAUUCUUCCCCUGGUUAUCCCGCGGAGCAGAGGAUCUGAUAGAACAGAUGCUUGCUAGAGAUCCAGCGGUGAGGCUCUCAGCAGAGCAAGACAUCCAUGGAUCACAGAAAUGUCAAUGA